ACAAUGUUUAUGGUACUUUCUGUAUUUGGCUAACUUGAUGAUGUAGAAAAGGGAAGGAAGCACUUUUAUAUUUCACUACAUUUUGGGUUUGACUUUUGUGAGAAAUUGCCAUAAAAUAUGUUAAUUUUGAAACAUGAGGGGGUUAAAGAAAACCUGAGGGUUAACCGAAGUGCAAUCAAGCAAGUCGUCAUCCUUCACCAUAGAGGAUGCUUACUGGGCAAAACCAUCUCAAAGAUAAGAUGAGAAAGAAGCUGCUCCGACACCUGAGCAUCAACAAUGUCUUAACAAUCAGCUCAGACCAGUUUCCCACAGUGAGGGGUUGUUCAAACUUUGAAUUUUACACAUCUUGAUAGUUUUUGCUUGAGGAGAAACGCUCACCAUGAAGUACAGGACGUUGGUGAUGUAUAUGGAGAUCGGCAGCUUCGUGUCGUGUCUGUGUGGAUGGAUCCUGGUCUGUUCCACUCUUCCCACAGAGUACUGGACUUUCUCUGAGGUGGGGACCAUCGUGCUGACCACCGGCAACUACUACUCCAACCUGUGGAGGGACUGCGUCUCUGACACCACGGGGGUGUCCGACUGCAAGGACUACCCCUCCAUGCUGGCCCUGCCAGUGUUCCUACACGCCUGCAGAGCACUCGCCGUCUCUGCCGUCAUCACUGGCUUCUUCGGAGGCGUCCUCACACUCGUAGGGAUGAAGUGCACUAAAAUCGGUGGAUCGGAGGUUGCAAAUGCAAGGGUGACCUUUGCAGGUGGUUUAACCUACCUGACUUCAGGACUCUGUGGUAUGAUCACGUACUCGUGGUGGGCCAACAAAAUUGUAACAGAAUUCUUGGAUCCAAAUUUCAGGGAUCAGAAAUUUGAAAUUGGAGCUGCAGUUUUUGUUGGCUGGGGAGGCUCCAUCCUUCUCCUGUCUGGAGGGGGGGUGCUGACUUACUUCUCUGGAAAAGAAGGCCUACCAUCCAGUUCUGAAAAAAAGCCACGAAGACCAGGCACAUACGCCAGCGCCCGGACCAGAAGGACCUACAUGCUGCCAGCUUCCUCAUCCAGAGUUACCCUGGUGCCCCCGCUGUACUAUGAAGGCAGGAAGAGCAGAGCGACCAGAGGAACCAGAGGGACAACAAAGACUGGUCGGACCUUUAGCAGGGACAGCUUUGUCUGAACCAGAAGACUCUGAACCGAGAAAUGACUCGAAAGACUUUAAAGGAAAUGUUUGACACAUGUUUGACAAUGUUUGAAUAUUGAGCCAGAAUUCAAUUACCUUAGCCUAGCUUAGCAUACAGACUGGAACCAUUGGGAAACAGCUAACCUGACUUUGUUGACAGGUCACAAAAUCAAACCUUCUGUUGUUUAGUUCCUUAGAACAACAUUCAUUCAAUGAUUAUAUCAUGUGUGUUUCAUCUGUAAAAAAAUGGCAAAUGACUCUUUAUGAUCUUAGUGGAACAUUUCAUGUCAGGCCCCUACAACCCUCAAGGCAAGGUCACACAUUUGUUUUUGUACAAACUAAACAAACUUCACAAGUUAGCCUUUAAGGAGAUAGUUAGUAGGUUUUGUUUUUUUUACUUCAGGCAUAGCCAUGUUGAUUGUUUACUUCUGUGUCUACACGAUAUGAUAUGCUAAGCUAAUCAACUGAUUGUAAAUGGUUUUAUUUUUUUCCCUUUUGAUUCAUGCUUUGUUUAUUGAGAGCCGGCUCAAUGGUCAUCACAAAAGAGAAGAAAGUUUGAUCAAAACUCCAUCUCUCCUCUUCCAGAGAAUUUGCAUCAAAGGCUAUGAUAUGAGUUAGUGUUGUUUACCUAUGUGUUCAGGAGAGUGUGCAUUGAUCAGUCAUGGGACUUAUAGAUCACCGGACAAACAACAAAACAGCAGGGCAGCUACAAUAUUGCUACUGGUAAAAAAGAGAGGAUACUUUUGAUCGUAAUAACACAUUACAACCACAUAUCUGCUAGAAAAGGGGGAAUCUGAAUCACCACAAGAGGGUGCUGCGUUGUUGUAAAUACAUUUAAAAGUGAAUGGUCAUUGAAAUACUCCAAUCUGAAGACUGCAUGAUAGAUGGAAAUGUUUGGUAAAUAAAGCAUGGUGUAAUGGA